AUGCCGAAGAGAAAGCCAAAGAGGCGAUCAGCACAGCUGUCAGCUAAACCUGCUACUGUCAAAGCUGAAAAAAAGCCAACAAAGCCAGCUUUCAAGGAAAAGUCUGAGCAAAAGAAAGCCCAGACAAAAGGGAAAAAAGAACCAAAAGGGAAACAAACUGAAGAGGUUAACAAAGAGGAGAUAAAGGACAAAUUGCCUGAAGAAAAUGGAGAAGUAAAGCAUGAUGAGGUCCCAAUAUCCCAUGCAGCAGGAGAGAAAGAAGCAAAAUCUGAGUAACAACUUUGUACAAACUCUUUAAUUGUUGGUUCUUAUACCGUUACCUUGUACAAUUCAGAGGAAUAUUUUUAUCAACUAUUUUGUAUAUCCAAGUUUUUUUAGUAGAUUUAGAAAACACAUUUUUUUAAACAUGAGGGGAUCUGCCACAUACUCUAUUUAAUGUAGUUCGGUGUCAAUGCUUUAUUUUAAAAGGUUAUGAUCAUGUACCAGUUUAUGCUGUGCAUACAACCAGCAAUUAAUGGAACAUUGAAUUAAGGAGAUUUUUUUUAAAAAUGGCUACUUUAUGGCAACAUUCUGUGCAUGUUUACUUAGAAGCAAGUCCCACUGAGUUUAGUGGAACUUACUCUUUCCCCGAUUUGCAUAGGAUUGUAGCAGCUUAACAUUCCAUAGGCCAGGGUGGGCAAUUGUAAUUUACUUGUGUUGCUUGAACCUAUCUUUAUGCAGAAAUUCACUCAUCCUGAAUUUAGCUUUGUUUCCUUAAAUGUUUAGCCAAUGUACUUGCAAAGAUAAAUUUGGAAACACUUAGUGUACAUAAGUAUCAUCUCUCUGAAGGGAAACAAAUUGCUCACCCAUGCUGCAGCCUGAAGGACCGCUUUUAUAAAUUGUUACCAGAAACAUGUCACAAUGGCAAAAUGGUAUGUGCUAAGAAAAUGCCUUCAAACUAACUUAGUCAAUUUGUCCUGAAUAGGAAGCUUGCUAAGUGAAAACUGUUACCUAGUAUCAGAUCUCUUUUUCAGAUUUAUUUUUUCUGGGGCAGUUAUUUUUAGUAGAGGUGAAAACUUUCUUCCACAACAGCUUUCCAUGAGGGGAUGCUGAAAAGUUCUCAACCAAACCCACUUCUCAAAAUCUGAUUAUUUUGUCACUGUAGGAAGAAAGUGUUAUUUUAUAUUGUAAAAUGCCAGUGUGCAGGAUUGUAGAGCUAAUUUUUGAAUGUUGUUCAGAUCAUUGGCAAAAGUGUGUCAAUGAAAUAUGUGGAAUUUUCAAGUGUUGAACUCCAGGUCAUCAUGAAGUUCCUGUUCCAAAAUGCCAAAGGAAAUUCAUGAGUGUAUGAUGCAAAGAUUGAGAAGUGCUCAUCAUACUCAACUGUGAAGAAGUGUUGUGCCAACUUUCAGCGUGAAGGUUUUGAGCCUGAAGAUGCAGUGGGAUCUGGAAGGCGUUCAGCAGUGUCAACUCCUGAAAUUGUUGAUCAUGUUCAAUCUGAUUUUGGCAGAUUGGCAAAUUUUGGCUAAAACAAUUGCUGAGACACUUGAGAUAUUCAGGGGAUGUGUUGCAUUUAAACUUCAUGCGUAGUGUAUAUGCAGAAGCUCUCUCAGCCAAGUGGGUUCCAAAAUGUUUGAAUGCUGAUGAGAAACAAAACCAUGUGUUGUGAAAUAUCUUGAUGUAUAGUAUGCGUGCUGUUCAAGUACUGAGUAGAUAAAUUUUCUGGUUAAAGAGAGGUAACUAUAUAUGACAGCUUUUUGAGACACUGGUACUUUUCUUCUUUGAAUGAAAGUUGUUGUAACUCAUCAGAUUACUGUCUCUGUGGUUCAGCAAACAAGAUGUAAUAAAAUAUUGGUUACAUUUUUUUUCAACUUGACUGAAAGCUAUCUUGCAUGGAGAUAUUAAAAACAUGCAAAUGCAUAUAAAAAUGGUUUUCUCUUUGGAAA